AUGGAUUCUUUUUUUAACGAUCCUUUUUUCUUUGUUGCAAAGAGAAUGCAAAGAAGUGUAAUAGCAUUUAAUGAAGAAGCGUCACGCCGGAGGAAGGAUGUUGAAGAAUAUCCUUUGCAAGAAGAGUAUGACAAGUUCAAAGACGAACAGUUUCGCCGUGCACAGGGAUUACUUGCAUCAAGUAUGCCACAAUAUCCUCCACAAGCAGAUUUUCUGGCCUCUGAUGCUGAAUCAGAGGCUGAACCAGAUUGGGAACCUUUACUUCAUGUGCCUGAGUCAUACUCACUAGAUGAGGAGGAGUAUGCUCAAGCACUAGUGGAUGCUGAAGAUAAUGCCAAUGAUGAUGAAGACUAUGAGGAAGAUAAGACAAGUGAAGUCAUCGACGAAUAUGAAGAUGGGGAAGAAGAGGAAGAUGAAGAUGAAGAUGAGGAAAAUAAUGGAUAUGACUUCUAUGAGGAAAAUUCUACAGAUGAUGAUGACUGA